UUAAUCCGACUAUUUCGGGGUUGUUUCAUGGGGCUCAGGCUGCGAUGGAAUUUAUUUUCCGAAUUUCCUAACGGAUAUUGGCCGAGUGAGAAGUGGUACGGCUGAUAAAUGCCGAGUUAUAAAAAUAGUGGUAAUACUCGUAUGGCAACACGGCCAACUCACGAUCCAAACAAAUAUUUUGUAGAGUUAUGUUUUAACACAGAAGCGUGGUGGUGAAGCAGUGCGUAUUGCCUGUGUGAAUAUUGUUUUUGAAAAAUCGUCUUUAGUGUCGUACGUUUUAUGAAAGAAACGGACUACGUUCCCACGUUUAAUGGAUAAUAAAUACACUUUGUGUUGUGCUUUCAGAACACAUGCUCCCUAAACGAAUCAGUGCUUAAUACUAGGGUUGUAUAAACUCUUUCAGUCUUCAGGACUAUCAAAAAAAAAAAAAAAUAGUGAACACAUUCAUUCGCGUGACUGAACAGGAUAUGAAAUGGAUGUAUCGGGGAUUUUUUAUUCAAGGAAUUAAUAAAUAUGUUGAAGAGGAUGACAAGAAACUAUGAAACAUUAAGCUUCCCUUCUGCCAAAAGUGAAUAAGAUGUUUACGCUGUUCAAUCCUGAACAACUCGAGGAAUUACGCAUCAUCGAUCUGGAAAGUGCAGAAAUCCAAGUGGGCAAUUGCAGAGACCAAUGUCUAUACUUUGCCCCUGAUGGCCGCAAAAGGCUUUUCUCUUACCAGUCAACCUCUUUGGAGGCGCGUCUACGUCCCUGGGCUAGAAGUUUUCUUCGUCCUUCUAAUCAUCUGCGAUGUGUCGGCACAGAAUGCUUUAAGCGAGUACCAUACGAAAGAUGGAAUUUGCAAGAGCGUGGACAUUAGAAAUUCACUGGAAACAUUCGAGAGGCUGAGAGGCUGUCGGGUAGUGGAAGGUUUUGUACAAAUAUUAUUAUUCGACAAUGUAAACGAGACUUUGCUAUCGAAUAUAAGUUUUCCUGAACUAAUGGAAAUAACAGACUAUUUAUUAUUAUAUAGAGUAAGUGGACUGCGUAGUGUAGGCCAACUCUUCCCUAAUCUAACAGUUAUAAGAGGACAGAACAGUUUUUAUAAAUACGCUCUCAUAGUGUUCGAAAUGUCAUCGUUGCAAGAGAUCGCCCUACAUUCCUUAUCGAACAUCACCAACGGCUUCAUAAGGAUAGACAAGAACCCAUCGUUAUGCUUCAUCAAAUCGAUAGACUGGGAGAAGAUAGUCAGUGCGAAAGACCAAGAUUUGAAUUAUAUCAAUAACAUGAAACCUGAGAACGAGUGUCCUAUCUGUCCUGGUGAAGAAACGUCCAAGGAAGUGAUAGGAGCAAAGUCUUGUCCAAUAGCUCCCUACAAGUCGAAAACUGUCGAGUUCAAUAGGAAGAGGCAUUUAUGCUGGAACAGGUCUCACUGUCAGAAAAUAUGCCCUAAGAAUUGCACUGCCUGUAACAACGUAGGACAAUGCUGCCAUCAGAACUGUUUGGGAGGCUGUGCGGAUGACGAUGUGACGAACUGUAGUGUCUGUAGCAAUUUUGAAGUUUGGGAAGACGGCGUUAGGAAGUGUGUAGAUAAAUGCCCUAGUAACACGUUAGAGUUUUUGGGUCGAAGAUGCAUAACACCGUCAGAAUGCAAAAAUAUGCCGAGGCCUAUAAAUCUGCCGGGUAGCGAGCCACUUUACCCCUACAAUAUCCAUCUGAACAAGAAAUGCGUCCUCAAAUGUCCAGUAAACAUGAAUGUUGACAAGCAGGUUUGCGUUCCUUGCGAGAAAGGUAAAUGCAAAAAACCAUGCCAAGGAAUGAACAUCGACAGUGUAGAGACCGCCAAACAACUAACUGGAUGCACUCAGAUAACUGGUUCUCUUGAGAUACAAAUACGGGGAGGAAGUAAUGUGGUCAAUGAACUGGAAGAAAGCCUGAGCAUGAUCGAAGAAAUUGAUGGCUACCUCAAAAUCGUGAGAUCCUUCCCCCUGGUGUCUUUGAACUUUCUCAAGAGCCUGAAACGAAUAAGAGGCAAUUCGUUGGACAGUCAAAAAUUCGUUUUCGUCGUGCUGGAUAACCAGAAUCUCCAAGACCUCUGGGACUGGAAAGAUAACAGAACCCUAAGAAUUGACAAUGGACGACUCUUUUUUCACUUCAAUCCCAAGCUGUGCUUGGAUAAAAUCAGAACUUUGCAGAAUAAAACUGGACUUUCGCCGCCUUUCACUGAGAUAGAAGUGGCUAACAGCUCCAAUGGUGACAAAAUUGCUUGUGACGUUAAACAGCUGAACGUGAGUUUAAAGCAAAUAAGUAGUAGGGCAGUGACCCUUUCAUGGCAGCCGUUCAAACUUGAUGAUCAACGAAAUUUGUUGGGAUAUAUUGUUUACAGUAUUCAGACUAAAUACAAUAAUCUCACUCUGUAUGACGGAAGAGAUGCAUGUGGUGGAGAUGGAUGGCGUGUUGAUGAUGUUACAAUACAGGAGGACCAUGAGCAGGAGGUUGUCCAUCUCCUGACCCAUUUGAAGCCUUACACACAAUACGCGUUUUACGUGAAAACCUACACAAUCGCAAAAGAGAACAAUGGAGCACAAAGUAAUAUAACGUAUUUUACUACUAGUCCAUCAGUACCAUCUAUACCUCCUAAACUGAUUGUCACUAGUGACAGCAGCGAUUCGUUGAAAAUAUCAUGGGCACCACCAUUGGAGCCCAACGGUAACAUAACCUUUUAUAUCGUGCAUGGAAAGAAGCAAACAAGCAACGGUGGUUUCUACAGGAACUUCUGCGAAGACUCUAAUUUCGUCACGAUUGUAGCAGCCCCUUCUCAUCAAGCAACAAGCAGCGAACCGACUCCGAAAAUUGAUAAUUCUAGUAAUGUUACCAACGGUACAUGUUCAUGUGACGAGAAAGGCAUGAAGGAGAUUAGUAUAAACGAAGAGAUCCAGACUGACAGAAUCGAGUUCGAGAAUGCCCUUCACAACGAAGUUUAUAAACCACGGAGAUGCCAAGAAACGGUAAUAUUUCGUGAAAACACAGCCUCUAUCUCUUCAACGAAGGACAUAAGAAGCAGAACACCCAAGAAUUUAUUCGAAAAAUUACACAGUACAAAAAUGCCAGUCGAGACCAGAAAACGGAGAUCAACCCAGUUCAAAGUGUGCGGAAAUAAUUCAUUCAGUUACGGUUCUCUAGGUACUACCGAUCCAUCAGAAUUCCAAACAUGCAUCAGGGGAAAAACGGAAGUGUUGAUCGACAAGCUGCAUCAUUUCACAUCAUACGAGAUAUCUGUUCAAGCAUGUAGGGAGCAGGAGAAAGGAGAGGUUCUGCCUAAUGGUACGGAUCCUAUUGAGGUGCUGUGCAGUCGGAAAAAGCAAGAAAAUAACGUAAAAACUCUUGUCAAAGUUGGGGCGGACGAUAUCAAGAGGGUUUACGUGAUAAACCAAACGAUGGAGAGUGUAACCAUCACAUGGGAUAAUCUAACAGAACCCAAUGGAUUGAUAUUUAAGUAUAUUAUAGAGUACAAAAGAAACAGUGAAAAUGCAAAAUCUUCUGUAAAUUGUAUAACUCACGCAGACUGGGAACAUCAAGGCAAGAUCUACACCUUGAAGCUAAGUCCUGGCAACUAUAGCCUCAGAGUAUUAGCUAUAACGGCGGGUAAUAAUGGAAAAUAUUCCCCUUAUGUAACAUUUGUUAUAAAAGAGCCCAGUAAGUUCACCGUUCUAAUUAUGAGUAUUGUUCUCCCGUUAUUUGUUAUGGGUUUAUUGACGAUAUUCUUGUGUUACAAGAAGCAAAAAAUGCAAAAGAGCAGCAUGAGGUUGCUGGUUCCUUCAAUAAACCCAGAAUAUAUGCCUACGGUGUAUGUUCCUGAUGAAUGGGAGAUCCCAAGAAAAAACGUUGAAUUAAAGACUGAAUUAGGACAGGGAAGUUUCGGGAUGGUUUAUGAGGGGAAGGUGUUCGAUAUCAGAGGAGUAGCGGAGAUGAAAUGCGCCAUUAAAACCGUCAAUGAGAAUUCUACAGACAGCUCUUUAUAUUGCAGAGAACGUCUAGAAUUUCUGAACGAAGCCUCGGUGAUGAAGGGAUUCGAUACAGCUCACGUUGUCAAACUUCUUGGCGUUGUGUCGCAGGGCCAGCCUACGUUUGUCGUCAUGGAACUGAUGGCAAACGGCGAUCUGAAAUCUUACCUCAGAUCCCAAAGGCCAGACUGCGAAAGCUACACGCCCAGCGGCAGGCACUCCCCAACCCUGAAGCAGAUCCUCCAGAUGGCGAUCGAGAUAGCCGACGGUAUGGCGUAUUUGUCGGCCAAGAAAUUCGUGCACAGAGAUUUGGCUGCCAGGAAUUGCAUGGUGUCCGAGAACCUCGUUGUAAAAAUCGGAGAUUUCGGAAUGACCAGGGAUAUAUACGAAACUGAUUAUUAUAGGAAGGGGACGAAAGGACUGUUGCCGGUCAGGUGGAUGGCGCCGGAGAGUCUCAAAGAUGGCGUUUUCACCAGCAGCAGCGACGUCUGGAGCUACGGCGUCGUCCUUUGGGAAAUGGCGACGCUAGCGUCGCAGCCCUACCAAGGUUUGUCCAACGAUCAAGUACUGAGGUAUGUGAUAGACGGGGGAGUGAUGGAGAGGCCGGAGAAUUGCCCGGAUAAACUGUACACCCUGAUGAGAUACUGCUGGCAGCACAAAGCUUCAGCCCGACCCUCUUUCCUCAAGCUGUGCUCGUUGCUGCUGGAAGACGCCAGUCCAAGUUUCGCUGAAGUGUCGUUUUAUCACAGUUCAGCCGGACUGGAGGCACGCACCUCCAGACCUACGCCUUCACCAUCUCAGGACGACCCCAGCACCCCGCUCAGACCUCAGGGAGGUAUGGAUGAGAAUUUGUCGUUGACGAAUUCCAACCAGGAUUCGGAUAUCGAGCUGGAUAUCGAGUCCGGUACUCACAUUAACUUUCCCAGUAUUAAUAGUUACGACUGCAAGGACAGUGUUACAACAACAGCCAACGGUUAUGUAAGUGGCUGUCCGACAAAUGGUGUAGCAACGACGCAGUGCUAGUUGUUGGGUACAUAUCACAUUUCAAGUAUUUCUUGAGAUCUGACUAGUUAACUCAUAAAUUUGUGAAUUCUCAAGGAGGUCCAGUCAAAAUAUGCUCAUUUUACAACGACAUAACAUGUACAUAGUGAACUAAAAUCAAUCCAUUCUCUUAAAGCAUCCCGAUGAUAUUAAUCACUUAUCGAUAAUUUGGCUGGACUUAACCUUACGUCUUUUUCUUCCACAUUGAAUGCCGACAUGCUUUGAAUUAUACUCCUUCCAAGCGGCUUGAAUCAAUGACAGGUUGCAUGAAAUCUUUCUCUGUGAAUAAGAUUAAAGGAAUUCCUCAAGUUAUAAACCAAACCGUUUUGUUUUCAGUGGCGAAUCAUCGUAAUGGCUGAGAAAAUGAUUAAAAACAUACAUACCCUCACAGCCUCUCCCUCAUAGUUCCUAUAAUUUCAUAUCAAUGGAGGCAACUAAAGAAGAGAUAAAAUAAUCAUCGGUUCGGUUCAGUUAGAAUAACGCAAACAUUUAUUUACGUUGAAGAAGACGUAGGGUCGUAUGAAAUAUCGUUUUUAUGUUCGAAUAACCAAAGAUUCAUUAUUUAGGGAAUUGCUCCGCUGAAUUUCUGGUUGAUACAGCGUUGCUUAUCAAUAAUUUCGAGAUAAUCAAUAGAAAGACCUUCUUAGGCCGUUAAGUGACAUCAUUUUCUUUUAUUGUGUCGAUGAAUUCACGUAAUCGAAGCUAACGUCUCAUUGUGUAAUUUAAUUCCUCAUCAUCUACCCACAUCCAACGCACCUCAAACAUUUUUUAGUAACAACUGAAGAUAACCACCCCAUUUUGAUUAUGUGAAUUAAUGGAUUAACCCGAGAAAUUAAGUGAUGUCGGUUUUUAACCUGUGCCUCAUUCAUGGUUCAAACAGCACGAGUCGCCCAUUCUCGCCCUAAUUUUUUUUUCAGAAGUAUGGACCAAUGCUAUACUUUCGAAAUACUUGAUUGUGUGUUCAGUACGUGCGUUUUACCAUGAAAGACUAGUCUAAUAUUUUUUUUAUAUCUAUGGAUACUCUAGAUUAAGAUAAUUGUCUAAUUACUCAUAUUUAUGUACGCUAACAAUUGAACUAAAAUUGCCUUAUUAAACGAAAAUAUGUUUGGAAACCUGUUAUUAGCAAAUAUCGAUAAUGUUUUGUAUUGUAUUCCGAACGAUACAGUCUCAGCCUGACUUUUGAGUUCCUCUUAUUUACAGAUAAAACCGAUUGACUAUAGUUAUAAGUCUGAGUUAAGUUUCCAUUGUAUCUAUUCAUUUCUUAUUUAUAUUUUCAAUUAAAUAUUUUGUACUAUGUAAUAUAAUGUAAAUUCAUCUAUUAUUUUGUAUGAAUAAAUUAAAUUAUUAGAUAAA